AUGGGCGUAUUGCGUGAGCUGCCAUCUCAGACGGAUCCUUGUGAGCCUGUAGAUUUAGGAGACCCGGACAUUACAGGCUUUGGAGUCUUAAUCUCAUUCUUGUUCUCCAUCGUGCUCGUCAUCGUCGCGAUCAUCUGGGCUUACGUCAAGGACAUCCUGCCAGGAAAAUGCUACAAUGGAUUUGACAACGUUAUGUUAAAUCGUAAACACCGCAACGAGGAUGGCCAAGGAGUUCGUGGAUUGCAAAAUUUUAUACUGGCGCUCAGCGAUCAGCAGCUUGUUUCCGGGCUGGCGCUGGCUAUCUCCAUCAACAUUAUCCGUAAUGGGGUCCAGGAUCUCGACACGAAGAUAUCGGCUUAUGCGUAUGGGAACGCCGUUAUAUUGGCCUUCCUUUCCUGUAUUAUUCAUCUGGCAACCAUCGCCGUCCUCCGUGACUACCUUCGAGAUCGUAGCUACUUGAAACAUGUGAGGGUCGUCAUUAUGCUUUGUGUUAUAUCACUUCUCUUGCAAGGACUUGGCGAGACCUGGACUUUAUAUCAAUAUGAGACAUUAAGGUGCGCUAUCGCACACUAUGGUUUCUUAGAGGACGAUUCGGAUGCAUAUGGAUCGCUAGAGAUACUCGGAAAUCCCGCCCUGGUUUCGGGCUUUACUGUCUUACUUGGUAUUCUCGUGAGCGGCUAUGUCCGUAGAAUCCGAGACUUGUAUUUUCCCAAUUCUCGAGACUUCCCGGGAUACUGGCAGGUGUUCCUCUUUGAGAAAACGAUUGGUUGGCCAACAUUGUCCAAAGACAGAAUAUUAGAGGCUCGAGAACAUUUAGCAUCAAGACUAUCUGAAGGACCUUUAGGUAUCAGCCAGCUUGCUCAUAUAUUCUUUGUAAUUAUACCUCCAAGUUUUCAUCGAUCCUUUAUGUUCGAGGUCGUUUGGUUACUCUUUUACUUUACCUUUGGCAUAUCCGAGGCAGCCUGUUUCCUACGUUUAAUUGAUAACGCUACAAUCGAUGGCACUAUUAGCUUUGAACCAAGAUUUGGUCAGCUUUUGCCCCUUAUCCUCAUGACUCUUCCGUUCUUAGCGAUGGCGGAAGGAUACUCUGACUUGAGGGACACUAGAGCCUUAAAUAUAAAUCAUGAAAAUGGAGACGAUACUGUCGUUGGACCUUCCAGACCCGGGGGGUUAGAGCAGGAAAAUAAGGAAGAUAUCGAAUUUCUCACGGUAUUUAGAUCACAUCGCUGUUUAAUGAAGGGCCUUUCCUGGGUUUACGUUGUGUUAUACUUUUCGCUUUGCAUUUAUAUUUCUUUAGCGGUUGGUAGCUAUAACAAGCGCAUCUAUGGCGCUUUAGACGUCUAG